GCUCCCUCGGUCCGCCCCUCCCCGGGGGAGCCCCCGGCCGGGGCCUGCGCCCUGGGGCGGGGAUGAGCCCGCAGGAGGCCGCCCGCUAGCCCGGCUCCCCCGCCGCAUGGACAGCGCCGUCCGCCCGGCCCCGCGCGCCUGGUCUGCGCCUGCCCAUGGCGCCGGGCGGUAGCGGCCGGGGCCUCGUCCCGCAGCUGGCCCGGGCCGGGAGAGGCGCUGAGGCCGCACCAUGACCAUGAGAUCCACCGUCUUCAAGGCGGCCGCGGCCACGGCGCUGAACGCGGACAGGCUGGACUACGAGAGGCCGGGGCUGGCGCUGGAGCCGGGCCCGGAGGAGGAGCCGGACGGGGAGGCCGCCCCGCUCCACCGCCAGCCGCCCCGCAAGCCCAAGGAGCCGCCCCCGCUGGGGGGACACAAGGGCGGCGGCGGGGGCAGCGGCGGCGGCGGCGGGGGCAGCGUGCCGGCGGCGGCCGGGGCGCCCGGGCAGCAGGAGGAGAGCUGGGGCGGCCUGGUGCCCCUGCCCUGCCCCCCGGCCAGCACCAAGCAGGCCGGCGUGGGGGAUGCCAGCAGCAGGCCCAAGUACCAGGCGGUGCUGCCCGGACACACCGCCUCCCAGGUGGCGGCGAAGGACAAGGGCUGCCCGGCCGCGGCCAGCGCGCCGCCCCCGGCCCCGCCGGCCUCGGCCACCGCGGAGCCGGGCCAGCCGCCUCCCGCCGCGGCCUCGGAGAGCAAGUGGAAGAGCGGCGUGCGGAAGAGCCCCAUGGGGGCCGGCGGGGGCUCCUCGAACCAGGCGGCCUGCCUCAAGCAGAUCCUCCUGCUCCAGCUGGACCUGAUCGAGCAGCAGCAGCAGCAGCUGCAGGCCAAGGAGAAGGAGAUCGAGGAGCUCAAGGCCGAGAGGGACACGCCAUCUUCCCAGCUUCUAGAGGUGAAGUUCAUACUGGUCAUUUUCCUUGAAACCUGCGUUGAGAGAACCAUGGGGGUACAGCCUGAGCCGAAUGACAAUACUGUCAUGAAGUCUCUUUGGAACUUCUUCUUCCCUGUGAUGUCUUGUUAUCUGUACAGUUUGGAGAAAGACUGUAAUUAUAGUUCAGAGGUGGUGGACAGCAAGGCACAAAUACCAGAACAGCUCCUAGCUCGGAUUGAGCGCAUGGAAAGGAGGAUGCAGCUGGUGAAGAAGGAUAAUGAGAGAGAGAAACACAGGAUUUUUCAAGGGUAUGAAACCGAAGAGAAGGCUGAAUCAGAAGCAUCCGAGAAACUACAGAUUGAAUGCCAGCAGGAUCUCUUGGACAUGUCCCAGCCCCUGCCUCCGAAACACUUCUCAUAUGGAAGAAAUGGGAAGGGACAUAAAAGGAAGUCGGCAUUUGGAAGUGCAGAGAGGAAGACUCCAGUUAAAAAGCUGGUGGCUGAAUUUUCAAAAGUCAAGAGUAAAACUCUGAAACACUCUCCAAUGAAAGAGGAGCCAAGUAGCUCUUUAUCCGAAACUGUUUGCAAACGUGAACUGAGGAGUCAAGAGACUCCAGAAAAAGCCAGAUCGCUAGUGGACACUCCCUUAAAACCAUCCACCCCAUUGAAAAGUCCCAGUGCCCACCCCAGGGAUAAAAGUUUCCCCAGCGAGACAGAAGAUCUGCCGUACCUUUCAACCACCGAAAUGUACUUGUGUCGUUGGCAUCAACCUCCCCCGUCACCGUUGCCGUUACGAGAGCCCUCGCCAAAGAAGGAGGAGACUGUAGCAAUUCCUUCGUGGAGGGACCAUGCUGUGGAGCCCCUGAGAGACUCAAAUCCUUCAGAUUUCUUGGAGAAUCUAGACGACAGUGUAUUUGCCAAAAGGCACGCGAAGCUGGAGCUGGAUGAGAAGAGAAGGAAAAGGUGGGAUAUUCAGAGGAUCAGGGAACAAAGAAUUCUACAGCGACUGCAGCUCAGAAUGUAUAAAAAGAAAGGAAUCCAGGAAUCUGAGCCUGAAGUUACCUCAUUUUUCCCUGAGCCAGAUGAUGUUGAAAGCUUGCUGAUUACCCCCUACUUGCCUGUCGUAGCAUUUGGCCGACCAUUACCAAAACUAACUCCACAGAACUUCGAGCUGCCGUGGCUGGACGAACGAAGCCGCUGUCGGCUGGAGAUGCAGAAGAAGCAGACGCCUCACCGAACGUGCAGAAAGUAGCUGCGCGGGUAGCGUUGCGAUGGGCGUCGCGCGCCAUUGGCAACGGGCGGCGAGGAACUGUUUGUUGUUCGGUCCCGUGAAUCUUUAUCCUCGUGGAUAUUCUUAUUCACUGAUGGUUUUCUCCAGGCCUCUGUAUUUUUCCUGUUUUUCACAAAAACUCUUUACCUGGCUGAUUAACUGUGGUUUAUUUAUUUCUCUCCCCCCUCCCGCUUUCCUGAUCAGCAAGUUCUCAAGCUUUAUGCUGGCACAGCAGGGCUGGAAGCUCAGACCCCUUUUGCUCUCUGCCUAAGCUUCAUCAGCUGCUGUGGCCACUACACUUCAUAAGAGGCCUUGUGAGGGUUGGGAAGCCUAAAAACAGGCCUGCCUUGCGACCUGUCCCAUCUGCACGUCCCCGGGGGUGGUGCCGGUGUGUUGGCUCAGUGUGUGGGGCCCGUCACCUUUGUGCAGCUGCUGUUUGUUUUCUUGGAAAGACAUUCAGCAGCGAGACCUUGCAGACGGGACCAGCAGGCAGAGUUAGGCCAAGCUUGUCACUCUGUCACUUGGAAACUCUGUGGUGAAAAGAACCCAGCUAAGAGGAGAAUAGAUUUGGCUGCGACUUCCUCUUGCCUAACAGGUCAGACUUCCAGUACGGUGCCUGUGUUGUGCUAGAUAGGGCUGCUUUUUUGUUUUUAAAUAAUGGGUGAAACUAACUUCAUGAAUACUCUGAGAGAGGCUGGCAGAUGGUUCUGAACAUGCCGUGUCUCACUGAGUGCGGCUGGAUUGAGCACCGCAUCCCAUUGUCACCACAGAACGCAGCCGGUUAUCGGUUAGCUGCGCAUAUUCUGUACCGAGACUGCCCUCGAAUACCCGUGUGGAAAUGCUUCUGCAGAUGAGACUGUUUGCCAGCAGCUGUGCCAUGUUCUAGAUCGAUGGGGGUGAAGGGUUUUUUAAACAUUUUUGUUUGUGAAAACAGAAUUCGAGACGCACAAUUGUGGUUCAUUUUUAUUUAAGUGUUUGAGGACGGCACUGGCUGGCAACUCCUGUAUCUUGUAAACCGCUUGGAUUGGCUCGAGAAACUUAGAAUGGGACCUAUGCUCUAGCUCUGGUAAUUUGCUUCCUUUAUGAAAUGAGCCUUCUUUGCUGUACUACACUAAUGGGUGAUGCCAAAUGUCCUUCUGUAGGUGUAACUAGUACUGAAGUCUUGAGCCGAGGUGUUAACUUCGGACAACACAUUCUCCAAUCGCCUUUCAGGCUUCACCAUGGACUGGAGUGAAAGCAGGAAUGUUUGGUCUCUAAAGAGAGAACGCCUGUUCCUCCUGUUCACAAUGCUUGCCUGGCUGAUUGCUCCACCUGACAGGUGUGCGGUUGGGGGGAGGAGCUAACUUCAUUUCUGAAGAUGUUAGUGCGCCAGGGAAGAAAUGAUCCCCUCUGCUUGUUCCUUUUGAGUUUGUAGUCUUGUCUGAGGCCAGCGAUCUUCUCUCCUUGCUUUGGUUCACUCAGCUAUAAAUAGCAAUGCACAAAUACAAAACCUGGUGGGUUUUGGGUUUUUUUUCUUUUCCCCCAGAGCUGGGGUGUGUUCUUAUGCAAUUUGGAAGAGAGGCUGAUUCUUGCGACACAGCAGUGGGUUGUGCUAGGGUUCCUACAGUACUGGUGUUUGGAACCCACGUAAAAGGGGAAAAUCUCUAGAAGCCUGGGCCCUGGUACCACACACACUGUAUAAUUAGGGCUGUGCACUGCAUUUAUUUUUUUUAAAUAAGGCUGUUCUUGGGUGUCCUGCUUUCGCAUGAUAGCGUGUGUCCUUAAUGGAUUUCUGUGCAAUUAGGAGCCAAAAUGUUAAAUGGGCAAAUAUUAGCUUGAGCCUUGUUUCUUUCUUUGAUGUUGUCUCUUCCAGGUCUGCAUCGAGCGGGUUUUGCAUUCUGGUUAUACCCUGCAUUAGUGGCUUUUCAGGGGUCAGAACACUCUUGAGUCCCAGUGACAGCCAGCUCUGAGAGGUAUCUGCUGGUAGCUGCCUGCCCUCAGACUAAAGUCCCACUGCCCUCGCUCCCAGUGCAAAGCCAAUUUUUAAACUCUUCUUCCUGCUGCCAUCCAGAAAGGCAGCCAGGUUUUAUAAACGAUCCUCUUUAAUACACAGCGAUCCAGCAGUCAUCAGCUACAGAUGGGGGUGGGCGGGAGGGUGGGCUGGCCGGGAGUAGGGAAGUACAAAGUUAAAUUUUCAGUGAGUGUUAGUGUGGAAAAAUAGUCUUAUUUCUCCCAAUAUGGGGUACAACACUGUGAAAUUCAAUCUGCAACGGAAGGCCCUGCAAGUCCCUAUUAGAACCGUUCUUUGGUUUAAAACCUUGCUUUCUUUAACCAAGUUUAAGCUAGUGUAAAAAUAAAAUCUUAAAAAAAAAAAAUGAAAGCUUGUCUGUAUUCUUCAGCCUUGUUUUAUGGCCAUUUGACACAUAGUUGUCUGUAAUGCAUACUUUUGAUACCAUUUCUAAUGUGUAAAAUCGGUCGUCUUGUAAAUAUCUUAUAAAAAAAAAAGUUCCGUUGUAAAUAAAAACUAUUGUGGCUGUUAA